GUAAAUCUCAAUGAAGUCAAGAGUCACGGCGAGUGUGACUCCCAGUGAGAGUGUGGACAGUGAGCUGCACUGCUCCCUCUGCCUGGGCACGUUUGUCUGCCCCUCCACGCUGAGCUGCGGACACUCAUUCUGCCUCCGGUGCCUGGAGGCCACCUGGGAGACGGCGAGCAGCUUCAGCUGCCCGCAGUGCCAAGCGACCUUCCCUGUGCCACCCCAGCUGAGGAGGAACGUGGCCCUCGCCAACCUGGCAGAGCAGCUCAGAGUUGGAGACGGGAUGGCCGCAACUGUCAUGUGUGACAACUGCCCUGACGGCCAGACUCCUGCAGUGAGGACCUGCCUGAGAUGUGAGAUGUCCUACUGUGCAAGGCACUUGAGGCCUCACUUGGAGAAUCGAAGGUUGAGAGACCACGUCAUGGUGGCUCCCAUCACGAACCUGGAGGACCGAUGGUGCCGGAAGCACAGCAUGGAGCUAAAAUUAUACUGCACAGUAGACAGCAGCCUGGUCUGCUCAACUUGCAAAUUUGCAGGUGAACACAAAGAACACAAGGUCCUGACGCUGAAGAAGGAGCACGAGACACGUAAGACGCGGGUUGGGGAGGAGACGCGAGCGGUAGAGGAGAAGAGAAAGGAGGCGGAGGAGACCGUGAAGCGGAUGGAGUCUGCUCGCAAUGAGGCGCAGAAAUCGGUGGCUGGGAUCAGGGGUCGCAUCACGGGCAGGUUCGCCCGCCUAAGGAAGGCUUUGGACGAGGACGAGAGGGAGGCUCUACGUCGCGUGGCUGUGAAGGAGCGCGAGCUGCUGUCCCGGAUCGAGGAGGACAUCGCUCGUCACAAGCGGGAGAUCGGCGAGCUCCUGGCGGCAGCCGCUCGCCUGCGCGCUCUGCAGCACGAGAGGGACUCGCUCGCCUUCCUGCAGGGGCACCUGGAGGAGACGCGCAGUGGUUAUCCCAGGAGAGAGAUCCCUAAGGAAUCUGCACCCCCACCUCCCACUUCACUGGACGUCACCACGAUGCGCUCCCUUGAAAGGGCCAUGCGCAGACUCCUGCCUCUCAUCUAUGGACGCUCACCGACUCUGGACACAAACUCAGCCCAUGACAUCCUCCAGAUUUCCUCGGAUCUCAGGACGGUGACGUGGAGCGGUGUCCCCCAGCGUCGCCCCCAUCACCCACGCCGAUUUGAUGUCUAUCACCAAGCCCUGUUCUCUGAGAGCUACUCAUCAGGUCAGCACUACUGGGAGGUGGAAGUGGGGAGUGCGAGGUGGUUUCGGGUUGGAGCCGCGUACUGGACGAUCCCACGGAGAGGGCGUGGUGAUGAGUGCCUCCUGGGAGAGAGUGACGUCUCCUGGUGUCUAUUGAAACUUGGCGACAGCUUCUCAGUGCGGCAUGGCGGGGUAGUGACCUCACUGUCGGUACCGGAGCCUACGCGGAGAGUCGGGGUUCAUCUGGACUGGGACGCGGGGCUGCUGUCAUUUUACAGCGCCGACUCCAUGGUGCUGUUGCACUCGUUUCACCAAACCUUUACUCAGCCCCUAUAUCCUGGGCUGCUGGUGGGGUGGGGUGAUGAUGAUAACUCAGUGAGGAUUGUGGAUCUGAGUGGUGCGUCCUGAGAGAGGUGAACGUGAACAGGGCAAAGGGCAGACAACACCACGACGCACGGCGCUCGCCACCCUCGUCACCGUCACGUGCAGUGCCACGCCCGUGACUGGCUGGUGGCUGUCGGUAGCUAGGGGCUGCGUGGCUCUCCAUCACAAAGGGGGGGCUGAGCGUAAACAAUCCUCACAACCUUCCUAGGGGGGGAGUAGGGGGUGAAAAAAUAGGUACUGCUCUGUGUGUGUGAAGGCAACGUGGAUGUAUUCACCCUGCCAGAGUGUGUGACUGUAGUGUCGGGGCGCAGUGAUUAGCAAUGGUUA